GCAGCAGGCGCCGAGGCAGGGGCCGCCCAUGAGCGAGUUGGACCGCGUGCUCCAGGCGUACCCGGACGUUUCGGGCGCGCUCGACCGCGACGCCCACGCGAAGCUCAGGGAGGUGGACCCAGCUCGCGCUGCUGAGCUCAUCCAGGACAUCGCUGCGAAGGGCGACGUCAACAACCCUUCCGCGUUCGUCGUCAAGGCGCUGGCCACCCGCCCGCACCUGCGCGCCACCGCCCCGGCGGCGCCGCCCGUGCCGCUGUGGGAGCAGCUGCUCUCGAGGCAUCCCCACCUGAUGCUGGACUCCGCGGCGCUGCAGAUGCUCUCCUCCGUGGAGCCCGCUAGGGCCAUGGAGAUCGUGCAAGACCUCGUGCUGAAGCCGGACGUGCGGAAUCCCUCCGCCUUCGUCUCCAAGGCC